AUCAGCUGGCCAUAUCCAUCUCCCACUGCAUACCACCACGAUAGGUGCGAGCCAUGGCGACGUGCUGCCACUCUUCCUCCAGUUUCAUAUGCAUCGUCUUCCUCCUCGUUGUCGUUGCCGUGGCAGCGGAAGGUGAAGGAUGCGUGCAGGCGCGACAGCGGAAAUUGCAGCAGAUGUUGGGACCAUCGCCAGUACCGCUGCCAAAUCCGAAUCCGCAGCCGGACCCUAAUCCACAACCUUUGCCUAAACCAGACCCAAACCCGCAACCAUUACCGCAACCACUGCCGGGCCCAAACCCGCAGCCACAACCAUUACCUCAGCCUCUUCCGGACCCAAACCCACAGCCACAGCCAUUACCACAGCCUCUGCCGGAUCCAAACAUACAGCCACCGCCAUUACCACAACCUCUGCCACAACCACUGCCGGGCCCAAUCGCGCAGCCUCUGCCACAGCCACUACCGGGACCAAACCCGCAGCCACUGCCGCAACCAGAUGUCCAAGGCUCAUAUCCACAGGUACAACCAUUGCCAGAUUCAAACACGCCCGGGCGACAAAAUAACGCACUACAGGGGCCGCAACCACUUGGUGCAGCCUCAACUUUACAUUCGUGUGGUGCUACAUACAAACGGAUAUUUUUCAUGGGUUUAUUGUUGUACUAUUUUGUUUAGAUAAAGCUAUGCUUGCUCUUGUAAACAAAUCUAUCAUUUUUUAGGCUUUGUA